AUGGCGACCACGCAGGAGCUGCUCGAGCAGUAUUACGGCCGAGUGGUCCCCUACUCCUUCAACGGCGGCUUCGUCUGCCUGAGCUACGCCAUCAGCCUCAUCGGCACCAACACGACCCUCGAGCUCAUCCGGAGGCGGACCUCUCACCGGGGAUCCCACAACUUCAUGCUCCUGAUCGGUGCCGCCAUCGCCAUGGGCGGCAUUGCCAUCUGGUCCAUGCAUUUCAUCGGAAACCGUGCCAUCUACAUGCUCGACGGCCAAGAGUCGUUCCAAAUCUCCUACUCGACCAGCUUGACCGUCCUCUCCCUCAUCGUGCCCAUCCUCGUCCUCAGCCUCGCCUUCCUCGGCGUCAGCGGCACCGCCGGCAUGCGGUGGUGGCGCAUCAUCCUCGCCGGCCUCAUGUCCGGAGGCGCCAUUUGCGGCAUGCAUUACCUCGCCGACGCGUCCAUCAGCAACUACGACAGCUCCUACCAGAUCUCGUACGUCGUCGGCUCCGCCCUCAUCUCCGUCUCGGCGAGCACCCUCGCCCUCGCCCUCUUCUUCGUCUUCGAGUCCACCUGGAACAACGUCUGGUGGAAGCGGCUCGGCUGCGCCAUGGUCCUCGCCGGUGCCGUCUCCGGCAUGCAUUGGUGCGCCGCCGUCGGCACCACCUACAGCCUCCGUUCCCUGCAGUCCCCGGUCAAGGGCGUGUCUCGCCAGGAGGCCAUGAUUGUCGUCAUCUGCCUGUCCAUCUCGGCCGGCGUCGUCAUGUCCAUCAGCGCCAUGUAUUCCAGCUGGGUCCGGAGGGACUAUGCGAGCAAGUCGCAGCAGGUCGUCCUCGCCGCCGCCGUUUUCGAUGAGCACGGCAGGAUCAUGGUCAGCCAGGAAGGCUACCUCCCGAGCGAGGUCGUCACCGACACCUUCGUCCCCAAGACCAACGACGACGUCUUCGGCACCGGCCAUCCCCUGUUCCACUGGAUGUUCCGCGCCUCGCGCAACUGGAACGCCAUCGCGGCCGUGACGGACAAGAUGGCGGAGCACAUCGGCCACCUGACGCAGGACAGGAACCACAACCGACGCGAGGUCCGCCUCGUCAACGAAAACGGCCUGCUCGUCGAAAACUACGACACCAUCCUGCAGGAGCUCUUCUGCCUCGCCGCCGCGUCGCUCGCCUCCAAGAUGAAGGACUCGCUCCUCCACGUCGGCGUCCUCUGGGACGAAAUCUUCGUCACGGGAGACGCCGCCAAGCGAGGCGCGAACCGCGCCGGCGACGCGAUGCCGACGACGCCCUCGCCCGACGGCAAGCCCGUCUCCAAGGAUCGCUCCAUCCUCCAGAGCCUCGCCGAGAAGGGGCUGUCGCCGGCGGGCGCCCAGGAGUACGGCCGGGGCUGCCUCAUGUUCCUCGUCCGCCAGGUGGGCACCAAGCGCGAGAUGGAGAGGCUGCAAGCGUCGGGCUACCGCUUCGCCGAGCUCCACCAGGUGGCCGGCGUCAUCCGCUCGAGCAUGCAGAUCAAGACGACGGAGAUGGAGACGAGCCUGCGCACCAUGGCCACGCACCGCGAGUCGGAGGCCGUGCUCGGCCGCGGCCUCCACCUCGGCCUUUUCGCCGUCCGCGCGAGGCUCGACCGCGGCGGCUUCGACGUGCUCGUCCGCCGCGCCGCGAGGAACCUGCUGCCGUCGGUCCCCAUGCCCCUCGACCGUCUCGACGCCUGGCAGACGCGCUUCCUCGACGCGCUCCGCGGCAUGACGGCCUCGUCCAUCAUGAGGAGGCUCGAGAACACGGACUUUUCGACGCCGCAGGAGCGCAAGUUCGCCUCGGAGCUGCGCGAGGCGAUGGCGUCGCUCGGCGAAUUCAUCGACGACGCCGCCUUUGACGAGGCGACGCUCCUGCCGAGAGAGGUUCAGGUGCCCUGCGUCGGCGGCGCCGACAAGGCAAGGCUCUCGACCUGCACCCUCGUCGCCCUGCGCCUCGUGCUCCCCAUCCACGCGACGGUCCGCUCCCCGCGCUGCGAGUUUAGCCCGCUCAGCUUCUUCAAGGUGCGCCAGCUCGUCUACGAGGGCUCCUCGCGCCACCUCGAGUUCUCCCACACGGUCCACCGCGACAUGUCGUCGGUCAUGCACGGCGUGCCCGCGAGGCCCCCGAGCAAGCGGUCGCCGCCGGCCCGGAGGCCCUUCACCCGAGCCUUGAACACGUUCGGCCACGCGCUGCCCGGGCUUCUGAGCCCCCGGGCCUCGACGAGGCUGCCGUCGACGCGGAGCCAGGAGGAGCUUUCGCGCGCCGCGUCGAGCCACGGGUCCGACUUCCAGGCCGCCGACGACGCGAGCUUCGAGGAUGGCCACAAGCUGCGGUCCAUGAGCGUCGCCUCGACGUCCGAGGAGGAUGCCAAAGGUUCGCCCCAGCGGCGGCCGAAUCCCCUCUUUGGCGGCAUCAUGGUGUCGCAGGAGGUCAAGGUCGACGUGCAGGAGGUGAGCCGCUUCCCCGACGGACACGAGCGACGCGCGACGCCGGGAGCUGGUGCGCUGACAACGAUGACGUCGCAGAGCAGUCACCAGAGGACGCAGAGCUACUGCCACCUCGACGGCGGCGAGAGGACCGGCUCGGAGGCGCCACCCCAGGCCGAGAGCACGGCGCAGGUCGACAACUCGUACACGGCGACGGCGACGGGCGAGCACGGCACCGGCGGCCCGGGCACGCAGCAGGAAUCGGCCUUUGUCGACGAGCUGCUGUCGCUGACGGUGCAGGCGGACAAGGGCGGCAUCCACCUAGGAUAG